AUGGAGGCAGAGAAGGAGGGGUCGGCAGAGCCUCUGGCAAGCGCGGCUCCCUGGGAAGGAGUGGGAGCGACCACUGCCCACACCCCCUUUAGAGCCCGCUCCUGUAGGGCACGAAUGUUCUCAGGAAGCUCUCGGGGAGACAGGACUCGAGGUGAGGAGAUUCUGCGAUCCCAGGUACGCGGGAUUCCUCCAGUGAUGGGACGUCCCGGUCUCCUGCUUUCCCAGCUUCUCUGGAUCUCCAGAAAGGUAUCCGCGUUUCCAGCCAGGGGGCGGGGAGAAAAGGUCCCGGGGACCGUAUCGUUCUUCAGUCAUGCGAAAAUCCCGGAACCCCGGCGGACAUUGCGCAGUCAACAGGAUCCAGGUCGGGGGAUUCCCACACCAGCCACGCAGCCCGCUGCUUCCCACCUCUCCUGGCUCGGGAAGGGUCUCGAGAAUGAGCUCGAUUUCAGACUUAGUUCCCCUGACCCCGGGCCUCCGGAGUUUGGCGGUGGGGGCUGGGCUAACAGAUGGUUUCGCGUGCUGGCCAGAGGGGUCAAACAGACCCGCCUGUUCAACCCACUUCUCUCUCCUCCCGCCCACCACCCUGUCUCCAGCUCCAGCUCCAACUCUGCAGAGAGGGAGACGAACGAAGUCGGUGUCCCAGUUCCCCCAGAAGCUGGGGAAAGGCGGAUCCGAGAGGGAGGAAAGGUGGGGCCGCUCUGA